UGCUGUUCUCCCCCUUCUCAUCACCUGUGAGCACUGAGGAGAUAACUGUCAGGAGACCAUACAAAGACCAUGAAUUCCAUCCCUGAGAUGACGCAAUAUAUCACUAACUUCAGCCUAGAUGAUUGUCAGACUGGUAAUAAGGGUUUCACCCGUGUUCUCCUCCAGCUCUUCGGAUUUCUAGGACAUGGGAAGUCAUCGUUCAUCAACUCCUGCAAGUAUGUCCUAGAAGACAAAGAGUUCCAGACUCAUGCAGAUGUGACAAAGACAGACGGAGGUAACACCACAGAGAGGAUCACUUAUCCACUGUCAGAGACACUGACGCUAGUGGACAACCGAGGAUGCUCCGUCAUGAACAACUAUGAACUGGGAGAAGUAUACGGACAGCUAGGCAAUCUGUUGCCCCUGGAUGGGCAGGUUCAGUGGAGUAAAGAUUUUGGACUUGUGCAGAGGAUUAUAGAGGCAGAAAGUACAGUGAGAUCCUCUGACUUCAUCUACCCGAUAUUUGUGUACAGUGUGAAGAAAGGACUCUCAGCUCCAGAGGCGGCAGAAAUAGAGGAACUUCUGAUGAAUGUCAGAAACCUGACAGGAAUAUUUCCAUUGGUCGUUCUCACCCAUAAGACACACCAAAAUUACAGGAAUGUGAGGGAAAGGUUUGAUAACAUGGACGUGGAACAGAUUUUUCCAGUUGAAAAUUUCACCCCAGAAGAUCAUUUGAAAACAAGAGGAAAACAUGAGAAUAUUCUAAAGUUUUUCAUUGAAGUGAUUAAAGACGUUACAUUCCGUGUGGAGCGAAUCGGCAAUCCGGAGUCAGAAAGACAGAAACGGAAGGAAUUUGUUCUUAAAUACGUAUAUGACAGUGGAAAACAAAAGGAAAGGGAGGAGGCUGAUAGGCAAAGGGAGGAGGCUGACAGGCGAAGGGAGGAGGCUGAAAGACGUAUAAGAAACAGUCGGGUUCCUGUGAAAGAAGAAGGAGGUUGUAUUACAAUGUAAUGUAGAUUUCACUCACACAAUUUGUUUUGAAUCUCUGAAAUCAUCAUACAGUAUUUAAAGUGAUUUAUUUGCAGGUUGCGAUAAAUUAAAACUACUGUAAACAUUUAUUAUUAACUGAAUAUUAAAUUGUAAUUAGUUUGGCUAUGUAAUAAAUGAUAAAUAGCUUUUUUGUUGUGCUCAGAAUAAAGACGCAGCAUCAGAUCACCA